AUGAAGAUUUAUCUUCUAUCGUUUGCCUUGAUCGCGAUCGUUUGUGCAACAGCAGAAGAUUAUACUACCAAAUACGACGAUGUAGAUGUAGAUAGAAUUCUACAAAAUGGUCGCAUCCUCACCAAUUACAUCAAAUGUAUGCUGGACGAAGGACCCUGUACUAACGAAGGCAGAGAAUUGAAAAAAAUUUUACCCGACGCUUUGUCUACGGGUUGCAGUAAAUGCAAUGAAAAGCAGAAACGCACAGCGAAUAAAGUAGUAAAUUAUCUAAGAACUAAAAGACCGAAAGAUUGGGAACGACUUUCCGCAAAAUAUGAUUCAAGUGGUGAAUACAAAAAACGUUACGAAAAUGUAUUACAUUCUACCAAAAACAAUUGA